GUCGGAUGAUUGCCCUGGGGUGGGGUGCGGCUCCUUUAAGAGAGCCCGGGGGCGAGGCCAGGCGGUGCCGCUUGCAGAGGCGGCCGCUCCCGCAGUCCCGUUCGUCAAAUACUGAGCGCCACCGCUGGCUGCACUUGGUCCUGGGGCCGGGCCAGACUCAGCCACCGCAGAGCCCGCCGAGGCGGGGCUGCUGAUUGCUGUAGCCCCGGGAGUCCUGGGCCUCCACGCCUCGGGUGGACUCCGACCGGGCGGGGCCGCCCUUUACUCUGGGAGCGGCUGCAGAGGGAAGUGUCUGGGAACCCUUUUAGAGCAGUCGGGGCCUGGUCUCCGUGGGGGAAGGGUCCGCUGGCAUCUUGGUUCUUUAAGGUCCCAGAAGGAUGGGGCGAAACGUGCAAAUGAUUUGGACUGAGGGGCCAGGUUCUCUUAAGUUUCCCUGAGGGACGCGGCCGCAAAUGUAAAUCGCUUGGACUGAGGGCGGGUCCAGGUUCUUUAGAGACGUGCCCUCAGGGGCGGGGCACACAUGUAUCACCAGGAAAGGGGCGGGGCACCAUAUGUAAAUUACUUGGGGAGAGGCACACAUGUAAAUCACCCGGAAAGGGGCAGCACAGAAAGAUCACCGGGAAAGGGGCAGGGCACGCAUGUAAAUCACCUAAAAAGAGACGGGGCACACAUACAAAUCACUUGGGAAGGGGAGAGGCACACAUGUAAAUAACGUAAAAGGAGCGGGGCACACGUAAAUCACCCGGAAAGGGGCGGGGCAUUACAUGUAAAUUACCCUGAAAGGAGCGGAGAACACAUGUAAAUCACUUGGGAAAGGGAGAGGCACACAUGUAACACACCUGAAAUGGGCGGGGCACACGUAAAUCACCCGGAAAGGGGCGGGGCACUACAUGGAAAUCACCUAAAAAGGGGCGAGGCACACGUAAUCACCAGGAAAGGGGCGGGGCAUUGCAUGUAAAUCACCCAGAAAGAGGCAGUUCACACGUAUCACCGGGAAAGGGGCGGGGCCAGGCUCCCAAGAGCUCCGGGAGACCGAGACGGCCGCAGCCUUUACGGAGCUCGCUUUCCCGGCGCUGGGGGAGGGCGCAGCCGGGAAGUCCCAGAGCAGCGGUGUCAGGCUCUCCACGAGGGAAGGACGGGGCCAGAGUCCUCGCGAGGGCCCGGGGCGUGGUCCCCUGGGCUGGGCCGGAGCGCGGGCCGCUGACGUCACUGUCGGGUGAAGCUCGGUGCCUCCAAGCGGAGCCGCCCUCCGUACGGGGUGACCUGGUCUGCGCGGCGGGCGUGCCAGCUCCCCGCACCCAUGGCAGCGGCCAGAGGACAGCCAGAGUUGCCACAGGAAGCCCCCGCCACGGAACCCACGCCCCCGCCGGCCUGCCGCUUCUUCCUGGAAGGCCGCUGCCGCUUCGGCGCCCGCUGCCGCCAGCCCCACCCUGGGGCGCCUGCGCCGCCUGACUGCGAGGCGCAGCCCGAGGCCGGGGCCAAGAAGCCGCCGCUGCGCACAGCCGCAGAUGUCAUCCAGCGCAUCCGCUGGGACCCGCGCCUCGACCCCGCCGACUUCUCGGUGGGCUACGUCGACCGCUUUCUGGGCGUGCGCGAGGAGCCCUUCAGCGCCUUCUGCUGGGACGAGCCGCUGGCGGCGCUCGGGCCCGGCGUGCUGGCCGUGCCCCAGCACCGAGUGCGCUUCUUCCGCUUCCGCGGCCGCCUCGUGUGGGACCGCGCCUCGCGCACCGACCUCGUCUUCGGCUCUGGCUCGGCGGCGGGACGCGGGCCCACCAUCCUGGACGCGCUGGACAGCGAGGGCGCCCACGGGGCGGAGGACGCCGAGUGGACACCGGCGGUGGCAGGUCAGGAGGCCCAGGCUGCCCCCGAGCUGGGGAGCACAGGGCCGCUCCGCACAGGGCACCAAGAGCCAGGCGUGGAGGAAGCCGGAGAGCUGGAGGUGGCCCAGGAGCACGCGCUGGGCGCAGCUGCUGAUUGAACACUGGCCCCAAGAGGACGCCUCGCAGGAGUGACUGAGGAGGCACUGAAGCCAACAGCAGCCGCCAGGAUCACAUGGCUGCGAAGCAAGGAAGCACAGGCCCUGGCAGCCCCGGGGGGCCCCGCUGAGGAGACAGAAGCCGAGUGGGGUCCUGGGGCCUGGCCCGAGGACAAAGGGGCCCGCCUUAGUGUUGCAACCCCCCGCCAACCGCCCCAUUUUGUGGCCCUCAUGGUGACCCAGCCUGGGCUACAAGCAGAAGUGACCAAGGCCCAGGAAUACCUGGUCCACGUGGCCCCACACUGCGCCGACUCUGUGCCCACCCAGAACCUACACCUGCCGCUGGCCCUGCUGCUACCGGCAGGCGCUGGGGAGGCGGCGGCUACCAUCAGGUCUCUGAGACUCCUCUUGGCCCUGGGGCUAAACACACCCCCUCAGGUGAGCUUUAGGGAGCUGGUCCUCCUGGGUCCUCAUGUGCUCUGCCCACCCUCUCCCACACUGGAAGGCAUGGCACAAAUGCUGAGCCAGAGGCUGGAAGCCGAGGGGCUGAAAGUGCUACAGUCUCCAGGGCAGCUGCAUCGACACCUCACCGUGGCCAAGGUGCCCCAUGGUUCCCAAGUCCACCUCCCCAAGCUGGAAUUCACCCUCAGCCAGGAAGCGGGGUGCCAGACCCUGCAGACACUCUGGCUGUGCCGUAUGGCGAGGACACGGGGGCCUUUCCAGCCCCUGGCUGAGAUCCCACUGGAGUGACACCCCCAAACCUCUGGAGGAGACAAUGGAUGCAAACAGCCCACACAGGAAGGACAAAGCGGGAGCGUGCGCUCUCUCUCUCUCUCUCUUUAAUUUUGGUUUCUCUCAAGCUUCCAAAUGGUGCUCAGUGCUCCAAGGAAAGGAAGGAAGGAAGGAAAGGGAGGGGAGAGGAGGGGAAGGGAAGGCAGAGGAGGAACAUCUGGAAAAAAAGCAGCCUGACAGUCCAGCUGUUUGCAAACUCAUAGCACAUCCUCCAGUUACAUGGCAGAAGAGGGAGGGAGGGAGGGCCAAAAA